UCUUGCCGCUUCCUGUUUGUUGUCUCACAUGUCAAACUGUGUCCAUCAAGACUGCACAGAGUGAAAGUGACGCCCGACGAGGGAGCGCACAGGGCGGGCAGGGCGGUGAUGUGAGGACCGGGACGCUUAAAUCUUUUAUCUGUAAGAAUGGUCGCUCCGGUGAUAACAGAACUGGCGUGUAUCCCCACUGGCUUCACUGGCUCCUGACCCAUAUUCCCGGAGAAGAUCGUUUUGUAUAUCGCUCAGAAGGAAUCUGUUCUCUGUGGAGGGUUGGUGGUGCGCGCACAGCUCCAGGAGCAGCGGAGGGGUCGUUGCAUCCAGCCUCCUCAGCGGGAGAAGAAGACAAACCAAGCCCCGGCUGCAAGUUUGCGUGUGUGCGCCGCACUGGAGGAGGGAGGGAAGCGAUGGCAAACCCGGUGAAAGCAGCGUUGGCUCUCCUGGUUCUCAGCGUGGCAGCUGCCUCGUGUGCAGAGGUGGAGGAGCGGCUGGUGAGUCACCUGUUGUCACCGGAACGCUACAACAAGCUGAUCAGACCAGCGGUCAACAACAGUCAGCAGGUCACCAUUUAUAUCCAGGUGUCUCUAGCCCAGCUGAUCAAUGUGAAUGAGAGGGAGCAGAUCAUGACCACAAACUGUUGGCUCACUCAGGUAUGGAAUGACUACAGAUUAAUGUGGGACCCCGAAGAAUACGAGGGCAUCAAGAAAAUCCGCCUCCCGUCACAACACAUAUGGCUGCCAGACAUUGUCCUCUACAACAAUGCCGAUGGGACCUAUGAAGUCUCCUUCUACUCUAAUGCUGUGGUUUCCAACAACGGUGAGGUAGCCUGGCUUCCACCAGCCAUCUACAAGUCUGCUUGUAAAAUUGAAGUCCGUGACUUCCCCUUCGACCAGCAGAACUGCACCCUUAAGUUUCGCUCUUGGACCUACGACCACACGGAGAUCGACCUCAUCCUCCUCAGUGACUUUGCCUCACGUGACGACUUCAAACCCAGUGGCGAGUGGGAUAUUGUUUCAUUGCCUGGACGCAAGAAUGAAGAUCCUGAUGAUAUCAGGUACCUGGACAUCACCUAUGACUUUAUCAUCAAGAGGAAACCUCUGUUCUACACCAUCAACCUGAUCAUACCCUGCAUCCUGAUAACAUCCCUGGCCAUUCUGGUGUUCUACCUCCCGUCAGACUGUGGUGAGAAGAUGACUCUCUGUAUCUCUGUCCUUCUGGCCCUCACUGUGUUUUUACUCCUGAUCUCAAAGAUUGUACCACCUACGUCUUUAGCAGUGCCUCUGAUCGGGAAGUACCUAAUGUUUACGAUGGUGCUGGUCACCUUCUCCAUCGUUACCAGCGUUUGCGUGCUCAACGUACACCAUCGGUCCCCCAGUACACACACCAUGCCUCUCUGGGUCAAGCGUGUCUUCUUAUACCGGCUCCCCUCUUACCUCUUCAUGCGGAGACCCGGUAGCUCCAACAUUCGCGAGAAGUUCCGGAAAAAACACCAGCAGCGAUCUUACUCUGACCAGAAGCUGCGUGGAGCAGACGGUGGGAUGGGAAGCACUGUGGGAAUGGCAGAUUCCUCCUCGUCCUUCUUUGUCAAUGAGGAUUCCGCCAAACGCUACGGCUGGAAGGUCAGCGACUUGUCAGAAAACACAGAGUUCAGAAAGAGGAUGACUCUCAAGUCUAACAUUGAUGUGGAGGAUGCAGUGGACGGAGUGAGAUACAUCGCUGAGAAGAUGAAGAGCGAGGAUGAUGACGAAGGGAUCAUUGAAGACUGGAAGUAUGUAGCCAUGGUGAUUGAUCGUCUCUUCCUGUGGAUCUUUGUGUGUGUGUGCGUGGUCGGGACGCUCGGCCUCUUCAUGCAGCCUCUGUUCCAGAGCUACAACACCCCCAUUGUUGAUGACAUGGACCAUAACUGAAACUUUUUGAUCCCAACAUGACCCAGACAUUAACUUUGAGUCCCCCCCUACCCUACGCCCUUGAAACAGAACUCUAAUAACAAUUUAACACAAACUCACACGUCCGCCUCACAUGCCACUCUCACUGGGAAAUGAUUAUGAUGCACUUUAGCCCUCAACCACCACCUGCUCUCCUCCAAAACUCCAUCCCCUGCCCUCUUCAUCCUGCAUCAUCGUGACUCAUCUGUCAUUCACAGAGGAACUAUAGGAUCUAUUUCAGAUUACUUAAAGGAUUAUUCUGUUUUUUAACCAACACAUUUCAUAGUUUUGGCCAUUAUACAGUAGACAAGAUUUAUGAGCAUUAUAUUGUUUAUAAUUGCUAUUUAGUUUUAUGGAUUUUAUCUUUAUGCACAGCAGAUAUUUCAAGAGGGAGGGAGAGAAUUCAUGACACAAAUGGUAUCAUCAACAUCACAGUUUACAGAUUGACUUCCUGGUUCAUAAUCACAAUCUAAAGUUAAAAUAAACCAUAAUUAUCUUUUAAUUUAAAACGUGAAAUAAAACCACCUUUCAGCCAUGACACUGUUGCUUGGGGGAUAAAUAUAUAUCAGCAUUUUCCAGUGGGUCACCCGUCACUUAUCAGAGCUUUAUCUGCCCAACUGCAACUCAGGACUUUUUCUGUUUAGAACAGGCUUGUUUUGCACUUUUGUCCUGAACCAUCUCUCUGUAUCUAAGUCUAAUGGCCCUACAGGUCACUGUGUGGCCAGCAUGCAUACGACACUGUUUACUUAUUAUAAUUUCUGUAUUUAAACUCGGAGAGAAAACGCCCAAAGACGGACAAAGCCUCAGAGAGCCUCUGCAGAUAAGCGUCUCACAUCGAGGCACAUCAAGAGUCCCUCCUAUGUACUGUACGUAGAAGAUCAAGUCUUAUAUCCUUUUGCCUAAAGCACACAUGCUGUAUGAAUUUCUUAUAUUUGCCUUGAAAAUUAGGACACAAUACAACAAACUGUUGGACUGUUUACACCUCACUGUGAGCCUGGUGAGACAAACUGAUCAUAUCCAUGUCAAAGUGUUGUGUAAAAUGAAGGGGGGUUAUUACAGUGUAGUGCUAAACAAUACAAAACUAAAACCAAUGGCCAUAAGGCUGUUGUUGAUCAAGAUGCCUUUUUAGUUAAAGGUACAUUAUAUGCUCGAGUCAUCAAAGCCAAGCUUGACAGUAUCCAUCACCAAGGAAACCAGCAGCAAUAAUAUUGUACAGUAUUUUAUACACUGACCGUGAGCAAAUUAACCAACAAGUCUGACUCUUCACUUGCUCUGUCUUCAUCAAACUGUACUUGUUAUUAUCGCAGCCUGUUAUCAGAAACAUUACUUGAAACCGUGCUCUAUAAUUAUUUGUACUAUAACUGGUCUACGAAGCGACAAAGGGGACAUGGGUGAAAAAAAAGAUUAAAGUUUCACCCUCAAUCUACACCGGUGGAGUUACUAAUUACUACUAAUAAAAAUCCUCAGAAUUAUGCUAAAUCAUAUUUUUCUAAAAUGUGUGUAUACGCAAUACUUUCUGGAAAUUUUAAUCUGUUUUUUAAGCCCAUGUUACCUUAAGGGCUCCGUUCUGGUCACCAUCAUAACGCACUUGCUGUCACUGCUUCCAAUUUAAGCGAAGGAAAAAGUGUACUAAUCCAGCUGCGUUCUUUUUUCCAGUAAAUUCAACUAAAUAUAAUUUAGUUUCCUCAAAGUGGCCAAUAAUGUUGCGUGACUUGUUGAAUUUUUGUCUGUCUCGACAGUAUCUAAAGAUGGACAGCAUGACUCCCCAAAAGUGAAGUCAAAGUGUCUAAAUGCCGCGGUUUAGCUGCUGUAUAGGUCACACCCCCCACAUCCUCCAUGUUAGUGAGGAGAACAUGGACCAAACUUUUUCUCAAAGAUGGAUUGUAAUUUUAGGCAGUUCUGGUGAUGUUUGUUCAAAUGUUUAAUGCUUCCAGUAAAUCUGGUUUAUAAUGGGGUCAAACAUCAUGAUUGACAGCUGAGCCUGACUCACGAUUGGUCGAGCAAGUGUAUCGGUGGGAACUCUACCGCAGCUCCCUCCUCUUAUCACUACUGUGCAGACUCUGGCUCCAUAUGAUGUCAUUGGUGCCAGAUGGCUGCAUUCCUAUCCAGCAUUCCUAUCUGGGAAUAUUUGACUUUAUUUCUGGUGGAGACACGUCAUCCAUCUUUAUAUUCAGUCUGUGGUCUUGACAAAAAAUACAAAGUAUUACAAGGAGGAACUGUGAUGGUAUGUGAUGUCUUGCUAACUAGAUCAAUAAAGGGAAAUGAAAGCAACAAGCAGACCUGAUUAAUCUCACAGUAUUAGUGUUUUAGAAGUUGCAGCAUAUUGUAGCA